AUGGAGAGAAGGUCGCUUUCCCAUCGCCGUCUGCCUUCAGAUCCAGAACUCGAUAGAUUCCCCGGGCCUUCAAGAGCUGCGACAAGAAGCGAUGGCCCCUCAAGUCAGCCAAGUCCCUCGAAUGAGUUCACCGUGCCCAAGACUACCGAGCCCGAAUAUGUCGAAGGAUUCAAGCUGGCCGCCUUGCUGGCCUCUGUCACAGUAGUUGUCUUUCUGAUGAUGCUUGAUACCUCCAUCCUCGCCACUGCAAUACCUCGCAUUACGGAUGAGUUCAAAUCCCUUGAAGACGUCGGAUGGUAUGCCGCCAUCUACCAACUCGCCAGCGCCGCCCUUCAACCCCUCACAGGCAAGAUUUACCAGAAGUUCAGCACCCAAUGGACCUUCAUCACCUUCUUCGCGAUCUUCGAGAUUGGUUCUGCCAUCUGCGGCGCCUCAGUCGCCUCCUGGAUGCUCAUCACUGGUCGCGCUAUCGCCGGGAUCGGGGGGGCGGGCCUCAUCAACGGAGCUCUCACCAUCCUCGGAACAUCAGUACCCAUGAGUCGGCGGCCAACAUACACCGGAAUCAUGAUGGGCUUCUCGCAGCUUGGCAUCAUUGCUGGUCCCCUCGUCGGUGGAGCCUUUACCUCUUACGUUUCCUGGCGCUGGUGCUUCUAUAUCAACCUCCCAAUCGGCGCUCUCGUCAUCGUUGCGCUCUCCUUUGUCCACAUCCCAGACGCCUUCCAGAAACGGCGCGCUAUGGACGUCCUUCGUCGCAUCUACAUCGAGCUCGACCUCCUCGGAUUCGCACUGCUAGCACCCGCAGCUGUCCAGCUGAUGCUAGCGCUGUCAUGGGGCGGUGACAAAUACCCAUGGAACUCCCCCAUCAUCAUUGGCCUCUUCUCCGGAGCUGGCGCAACGACGAUAGUCUUCCUCAUCUGGGACUGGUACCUCGGCGACGUAGCCCUCGUCCCACUCUCCCUCGUUACCCAACGACAAGUCUGGACCAGCGCCAUCACAAACUGCUUCCUCCUCUUCAUCGUCUACGUCGCGAGUUUCUUUUUGCCAAUAUACUUCCAAGCCGUCCACGGCGCAACCCCCAUCAUGUCAGGCGUGUACGUCAUGGCCAGCAUCGUCAGCCAGCUCAUCCUAGCCGUCAUCGUCGGUCCGCUUGUUCAAAAAACGGGCUAUGUAAUCCCCUACACCAUCUUCUCCGCCUCCGUCGGCGCCGUCUCCAACGGUCUCUGCUCAACCUUCUCCCCCACCACGCCUCCAGUGCAGUACAUCCUCUACCAAAUCCUCGGCGGCAUCGGCCGCGGCGCGGGAAUGCAGAUGCCCCUCCUAGCAAUCCAAGCCAUCCUCCCGCCGCAGGACAUAGCAAUGGGGACGUGCAUCCUGGUCUUUGUCCAAAACCUCGGUAUCUCCAUCCUCCUUGCUGGAGCUAACACCAUAUUUGGGGAAACCCUUCAAAAUGAACUAUCCCAAGCAGUUCCGUACAGCAGGGAGAUCCUCCAAGCGGGCGCGACGAGAUUUAGGGAGGUGGUCAAAGAGGGGGAUUUGGAUGUUGUGUUGGAGGCUUGGUCGAGGAGUAUAGGUAAGGUGUUUUACAUGGCUGCUGCGGCGGGAGGGGUGGCGGUUUUUACGGCUUUGGGGAUGGGGUGGGUUGAUAUUAGGAAGGAUAAGGCUGGUGGGAGGGGGAGGGGAGCUGAAGGUGAUCUGGAGGAUGACUAG